GGAUCCGUCUGCGUCGGUGCGUCCACGGCUCCCAGCAGCAGAUCGUAGAGACACAGUCUCUGUGUGUGAUGGGGAUUAUUCUUGUUUUACAGGAGAGGACAGAGCACGAACUGCAGCCAGAGAUGGAGAAGGGGGAUCAUCGGCGCUGCAGCAGCGGAUCACUUGGCUGUCAGACGCAGAGGAAUGAUAAUUAGAAAGAGAUUGACUCGGCAGCAAGAAGAAAAAGAGGGAAAAGAAGGAGGAGGAAAAGGAAGAGAAGGAGAGGAGCCUGGCCUGCAGCAGUAGCACUGAGGCGAGCAAGUGGAUAUGUGAAGAAAAAGAGAGACAGAAGGAGGUAUUGAAAUGAUCAUAGUCUGAUCAAGGGGAAGAACGAGAAGAGGGGAAAACCGCGGAGAGACAGAAGGAGUGUGUGUGUGUUUUUUCUGAGGGAGAUGAUGGUGACAGCACCAGAGGAGGGGAGAAAGGGAUGAGCUUGGAUCAAUAAUCCUCCCUCCUCCUCCUCCUCCUCCUCCUCCUCCUCCCCCCUUCCCCUUCCUCCUCCUCCACCUUCAUCCCUCCAUCACCUCUGCAGGAGCCGCUGAAACCUGUGAGACUCCGGAUCUGGGAGUGCCAUCCAACAGCAUGAUAAUGAUGGUGAAUCCCAGAGGCCUCAGCAUAUCCAGGAAGAAGACAAACAUCUGACAUGACAUUCAACCUUUCCAUACCGCCUCUUCACACAGACCAACUGCAGGAUGAUACUCCUGCUCUUGAACUAAUGGACCAGGAAGAAGUGAAGCUCUCCUCCUCCAUGUUUGUGAGAAGAUGAUUUUUGACGGACUUUGCAUUUUCAUUUUGUGGAGGCUUGCGUUGUGUUAAAUGUUUUUGAUGAUGGAGAGGGUCUGAACUUAGCUAACUUAUUUUCUCGCCCAUAAAACUUCCCAGACGGUUUGAUCUGGAAAAGUUUUUUGACCCCAGGAUUAUAUUAUGGGCCUGGGUAGGAAAGCUGUUGUAUAAUCCGGAAGUUUGGCACAUGGUGAUGCAGACUGCAUUUCUCCUGCAGCACACUUGACAAAACACAUUUGAUACUGGCUGAGGGAAAUUGCAUCACUGGUGCUAGACAGUCUGCAGUCAGUGAUGAUAAUGUGCAAUAUCUUCAACAAAGAAGGACAUCUACAUCCUCUGCCAGCUGCAGCCUCCACACCUGCCUCUUGGAAACCUGUGUUCUGAUCUGCUACAUGGAGCACAGAGAGUGGAUACAACUGGUUCACUGACAAACAGGAAGGAAAACAAAUCUAUUCUGAUUGUUGGGGAGGAAAGGAUCAUCUCUGACUGAGAUAUUUGUUCUGUUUUUGACGGUCAUGGGUCUGAACCCCAACAGCAACACCUGACGGAGCCAGGGAAUGGUCAGCAGCUCAGUAGAAGUCUUUGAUUGGAGCACACAAGGACGAGGUCCAUCCUGAUCUUCAAAUCAGAUCUCGAAGAAGAAAAAGUCCUCUCCCCCCCACUUACCUCUGGUGGGGGGGAGGGUGAAGGGUACUUUUAUUUUUAAGGUGUAGGGCGCAGGGCCAUAGGGUGUAGUUUUUAGAGAGUAGGUUUUAGGCUGUAGACUAGACUGUAGAGUACAUAGUGAGGCAGUUUGUCUCUGUUUCUGUAUAAUAAUUAGCUCUACGUUUUUAGUUGUUUAGUCAGUUGGGCUAGAUUUAGCGUUUGACCUGUUGGCUCAUUUGCCUGUGCAGCCCCUGUGUGAGUUCGUAUUUGGCUCUGCACCAGCUGUAGCUGAGACUCAGGCAGUAUUUCUAGUAUUUCUGUUCUAGUGCAGACGUUUAAAAGCAUUACUACCUGGAUCUAAUCAACUGUGAGCAUUUAGAUUCUUAAGUUUAAUAUUUAGCAUUAUAAAUCUUAGACACUAGGCUUUUCCCCAGUUGUUAGUUGACUGAGUUCCCCUAGCCAUUAGCGUCUGUGUUAACUCUCAGACCAGCUAUGGAUGCUAAUCAAGGCCCAGGCCAGGGCAGUCCAGAAAGUCCUAACCGGGCUGUGGAGUACCUUCUUGAACUCAACAACAUUAUCGAGAGCCAGCAGAAGCUUCUGGAAACACAACGGCGCAGAAUUGAGGAGUUGGAGGUACAACUGGACCGGCUCAGCCAAGAGAACAAAGACCUGCGUUUGGACCGGCAACCAGUCGCUCCUCCUCCACCUGCUCCCCCUCCUGAGCCUCCUCUCCCUCCUCCUCCUCCGCCACCUCCACCGACUCAGACUACGUCAGCAUCCAUUUCUAGCAAGAAUCACCAUCACCACAACAGCCAACACCAGGCUCCUCCACAGCCUCCCUCUUCUAUCCCCCUUCACCACAGCCACCACCACCAGCAUCAUCAGCCGCACCACCACCACCACUCCUCCACCCACCACUCCUACAACAGCACCAACAGCACUGCUACAACCCCUAUUCCAGUUCCUCCUCCUACUUCAGCCCCAGUCUCUAUCUCCAUCCCGACCCAGAUCCCAGUUCCGGUUUCCUCUUCGACCCCUGCUCCACCUCCCCCUCCACCGAUCCCACCCAGGGAUCAGCCACGGGCCCACAGCCGACUGACCCGAGUGCCCUCCACUAGCACUGGCACCAACACAAACUUCGUGGAGAAAGAGAAAGAGAGGCUUGAGCGCCUGCACAGGGCAAAUGCCUCCAACAACCAUCAUGCCCACACCCUGCACCACCACAAAUCUGUGGAGGGCGACCCUCAAUGUCCGGAGUCGCUCACUUUUUCUGAUUCAUCCUUUGGCCAUCAGCCUCCCUUCCAUCGCUAUAGCAACAGCCCUCUCACCAGCCCCUGUGACCCUUACAGCUCCGCCUCCACCAGCGGGCCCCUGGGAGCCUCCCACGCACACACACAGGGCAGCUCUCCCAUCUCUCCGCCCAGCCCAGCGAGCCUCGCCUGGGCUCAGCGUAGCCGACACCAGCCGGCAAGUCUGGCGCUCCGCAAGCAAGAGGAGGAGGAGAGCAAACGCUGCAAGGCUCUAUCUGACAGCUAUGAGCUCUCUACAGACCUCCAGGACAAGAAGGUGGAGAUGCUGGAGAGGAAGUAUGGGGGCCAGUUUGUGUCCCGGCGGGCAGCCAGGACGAUCCAGACAGCGUUCAGACAGUACCGCAUGAACAAGAAUUUCGAGAGGCUUCGCAGCUCCGCCUCAGAGAGCAGGAUGACCCGACGCAUCAUCCUGUCCAACAUGAGGAUGCAGUACUCAUUUGAUGAGCGUCAACCACAGAGUCAGGGAUCAGGCGGUCAACAGGGUUCAGAAGAUGCAGGAGAUAUUGAUGACUCCUUCUCAAAACAGGUGAAGUCUCUGGCUGAUUCCAUGGACGACUCCCUCACCUGCCAGUCUGGUCGUGAAGACUCACAAGAAGUAGGAGGAGAGGGAGAGGAGGACGACGAUGAGGAUGAGGAGGAAGGAGACGAAGAAGAGGAAGAGGAGGAGGAAGAAGGAGAGGAGGACGAGGAGGAAGACGAGGACGAAGAUUACAGACAGUGUGCAUGGCGCAACGCCAAUGCAUCUUCCCGACGCACUGCAGGCAGGGCGGUAGGGGGGGGAGGGGGAGGGAGAGGAGGUGCCGCCAUGCACGAGGACAGCACCACCACCUCCUUCAGCGAUGUCACCCUCUACAUGGACGAAGGCUGCCUCCCCUCGUCGCCUCUCUCCCGCCCUGCCUCCAGCUCUGAUACAGAAUACUGGGGAGGAGGGGGAGGAGGAAGCGCAGGGGGAAGAGAGGAUAGCAGAGAAACUGAGGGAGGCAGCAGUGCCAGUCGGAGGAGCAGCACCCCCUGCACAGAGUGUCGAGGGGAGUACAGAGGGAGGCCAGGCGGAGGAGGAGGAGGAGGAGGAGGACACCUCCCUGUCCUGACCAUUGAACCGCCCAGCGACAGCUCAGUGGACAUGAGUGACAGGUCAGAGCGAGGGUCUAUCGGACGUCUGGUGUACGAGCAAGAGCCAUCGGGAGUCGAGCGAGGGGGAGGAGAGAGGGAGCGGCGGGGAGGAGGAGGGGAAGGUGAAAGUGGAGAGGAUGAGCGAGGAGGAGGCGGAGGAAGCAGUGAAGCCGACUCUCCACAGGGAACCAUCAAACACAAACCAAACGGCCGCUCGGUCGCCACGGCGCAGGGUCAGACUCGCAGCCCCGCUAACGUCCCCCUGCCGAUGCCUUCAGCACGGACCCUGCCCUCACAUCCUCUCCCUCACCCGCUGCAGCACCCCCACUCUCACCCGCACCCGCACCCUCACCCUCACCCUCACCCUCACCCCUCCCCCAUCCCUCACCUCCCCACCAUCCUCCAUCACCACCCACAGUACAGCCAGCCUCACAUGAUGCACAUGCACCACGGACACGGUGGCAUCCCCUACAUGCAGCACCCACACCACUUCGCCCAGCACCAUUACCACCACCUGCAUCACCAACACCACCACCUCCCUCACGCUUACCCGGAGCCCCCCUCCUCCCCUUUGCCCUCCCCCGUACCCCCACUCACACCUCUCUCGCCCCUGCCGCCGCCACUCACGCCUUCGCCGCUGUCCUCCUCCUCCUCCUCGGCACUCCAAAACAUGGAGGCCCAGCAGCAGCACCUCGCCCACCAUUCCCACCUCCACCAUCACCACCUGCUCUGCUCAGACGGUGACAACGAGAGCGUCAACUCCACCACCACCAACUCCAACGACGACACGACGGUCAAUAACUGCAGCUCGGGCUCCUCGUCGCGCGACAGCCUGCGGGAGCCAAUCGGAGGAGCCACCCUGGGGAAGCAGACCUAUCAGAGAGAGAGCCGCCACAGCUGGGACUCGCCCGCCUUCAACAAUGAUGUGGUGCAGCGGCGUCAGUAUCGCAUUGGACUCAACCUGUUUAACAAGAAGCCAGAAAAGGGGAUCCAGUACCUGAUUGAGAGGGGUUUCGUGUCAGACACACCGGUGGGCAUCGCAAGGUUCAUCCUGGAGCGGAAAGGUCUGAGCCGGCAGAUGAUUGGAGAGUUCCUGGGCAGCCGGCAGCAGUUCAACAAGGAUGUUCUCGACUGCGUCCUGGAUGAGAUGGAUUUCUCGGGGAUGGACUUGGACGACGCUCUGAGGAAGUUCCAGGCUCAGAUUAAAGUUCAAGGGGAAGCUCAGCGGGUGGAGCGGCUGGUGGAGGCCUUCAGUCAGAGAUACUGCGUUUGUAACCCGGUGCUGAUCCGGCAGUUCCAGAAUCCAGACACCAUCUUCAUCCUGGCCUUUGCCAUCAUCCUCCUCAACACAGACAUGUACAGCCCCAAUGUCAAACCAGAGAGGAAGAUGAAGCUGGAGGACUUCAUCAAGAACCUGCGGGGUGUAGAUAACGGCCAGGACAUCCCCAGAGACCUGCUGGUGGCGAUCUAUGGAAGGAUCCAGAAGUGGGAGCUGAGGACAAACGAUGACCACGUGUCGCAAGUCCAGGCCGUGGAGAGGAUGGUGGUCGGCAAGAAGCCCGUGCUGUCACUGCCUCACCGCAGGCUGGUGUGCUGCUGUCAGCUGUUCGAGGUCCCAGACCCAAACAGAGCUCAGAGGAGUGGCGUCCAUCAGAGAGAAGUCUUCCUGUUCAACGACCUGCUGAUGGUCACAAAGAUCUUCCAGAAGAAGAAGACUUCGGUGACGUACAGUUUCAGACAGUCGUUUCCCCUGGUGGACAUGCAGGUCCACACCUUCCAAAACACCUACUACCCUCACGGUAUCAGGCUGACGUCGGCGAAUCCGGGAGGAGAGAGGAAGGUGCUGAUCGUCUUCACGGCUCCGAGCCAGCAGGACCGAGCUCGCUUCACCUCCGACCUCCGAGAGAGCAUCGCUGAGGUGCAGGACAUGGAGAAGUACAGGGUGGAGUCUGAACUGGAGAAGCAGAAAGGCGUGAUGCGUCCUGGCAUGUUGACGGGGGGAGGAGGUGUGGGGACGCCAGGUGGCGGGGCCAACUCCGGAGGGGGCCCCAUGAAGAGCGAGGUGGUAAACGGCACCCUGGGUAGGCCGAGCCUUGACGACACGUACGCGUCGGUGGAUGGGCUCAAACGCACAGCGCUCAGCUCCUCACUCAGAGACCUCUCAGAGACAGGGAAGCGAGGUCGUAGGAACAGUGUGGGGUCAUUGGACAGUACCAUUGAAGGUUCCAUUAUUAGCAGCCCUCGUCCUCACCAGCAGCGCACCAUGCCUGGUGGAGGUCUUUCCUACAGCCCCAUGAUGGUGCCUUCAUCUCCAGCAGCUUACCGGCCGCACCGCCCUACUCAGAGCCCCGGUACGGGGGUGGGGGGUGGGCCGGGGCUCUGUCACAACCAGGGAGGGGUCAACACCUCCCCACUCGUGAGCGGGGGAGGGGCUGGGGGCGGAGGAGGGAUGGCGGGCGGGGGCGGCCCAACUGGCAGCAGCCUCCUAGGGAACUUCUUCGGCAGCCGCAGAGGCAAGGUUCCUGGUCCCCUGACGAUGACGUCACCCACUCCACAGGGUCCCCCGAGUCCCCUGAUGAUAUCAUCACCCCCCCACUACCCCGCCCCCGCACCUCCCAUCCCCCACCCAUCCUCCCCUUCCCCAUGCCCCUCCCCAUCAGUCAACCUCGGGCAGUCGGAAUCGGGAGGAAUUGGCGGCGGUACAGCAGGGGGACCGUCCAAGCUCCAGGCUUUGCACGCCCAGUACUGCCACGGCAACAGUGGAGGAGGCGUAGUCAGUGUCACUGGGCAACAGCCGACACCGCCCCCACCAUACCACCACCAUCACCGCUACCACAUGCAAAGCCUGCCCCAGCACCACGCCCUCUCGCACAGGUUUUCCGCACCCCGACGGCAAGGCCCGUCCGGCUGCGCUCCCUCUCAUACCCAGCAGCAUCAGAGGAUGCAACAUGGUGGCAUCCAGCACCCACGUUACAACGUGGGCUCAGGCUUCACAACGCCCCCGCCGCUGUCCCCACACUCCCCCGUCACCCCCACUACCCCACACGGACUUUACCACUCGCACCCGGUAGUGGGCCGGUCGGGUGGAGGGGGCAAGCUCCCACUGACCAUUUCACACUCGCAGCCCCACCCGCACGCUCACACACACUCUCACAACCACGUCGUGCACACACACUCCCCGCUCAGCCCCUCCCCAUCCGCCUCCCCCUCCACCCACUUCAUCUUCUCCACCCCACCGCCCCAGACUCCCUCGGCGCGCCUCGUCACCCAGACGCCCCCACAACCCUAUACACCCCAGUACCCACCUCUCUCCUCCAUCCCACCUCCCCCUCCACACUCCCCUUUACCUCCGCCAUCAGCCGCACCGCUCUCCCCGCUCCCCCCAGGGGUGGGGGGAGGACAAGGGGGAGGUCCCAAAUCGAAACCCGUCAGCCGGAUCAGCACGGUCGUGUGAGGAGGCAGAAGACUGGGACAGUGGUUCGCCACCCUGUUGUGAGUCGCCGGGGGGCAGUAGUGAGAGGGAGCAGGAGAGGGAGAAGGAGAGGAAGGGGAGGAGGAGGAGGAGGAGGAGGAGGAGGCGGCCAAAUGCAGGUGUAUCAAAAUGGCCACCUGGUUAGGAGGAGAGCACUGAGAGCGGGGAAGAGGAAAUUACUCAGCCUGUGUUAUUUUCACAUCCACUUCCCUCGCAGGUAGAAAGACUCUCACGCAUACUCAAAGACGUUUGUCGGGCAACUUUGUACCCUUCAGGGGGCAAAUCUUCCUGGAAAACCUGCCCAUGGAGCAACAAGUGUAAAUCAUGGCAUUUACAGUCACAUGAAGAUGAAGAAAAACUACCACAUAGUGUCUGUGAAAAUGUCUUCAUCUUCCCUUUCGUAGUGCCCUUUAGAGGAGAGCUGGGACUCAAGGACAUGUUUGUAGUUCUUCGUUGAUAGAAGAAGUGCUUGAGGAAGAAUUUGUGUGUUGCCGUAGUAGACAAAUGGUUCAGGGACCAGACGUGAAGGGAACAGUGCCUGAGAAAACAAAUCAUGGUUCAGCAUUAAAUGCUACCACUAUGUAUGGUGUUGGUUGGAGGGACAGUUCAGGUUGCUAGGAGGCCUGAGAACAGAACGAGUCCUGUUAGUAUAUUCCCAAGAUCACAGUAGUUUUACACCACCCUGUUUUUCGCACAAAAAACACUUGUACCAUUGUUUUGGUUGUUGACAUAUUUACAAGCCAUGAGGCGUUACUGAGACGGAGAAGUGGUUAGGAUUGAUAUGGUGCAGUUUCUGUGUCUUAGACAGGCAUGCAUGACCUGUGCAAUAGCUAAUGAGUGUUGAUGUGUCUAUGGUUAAAAUCCUAUAUGCAGGGGGAGGGAUUAGUUGUGAUAUAAAGCUCCAAUAAAGUGUUUAUUUGGCCAUAAAAAGUGAAGGUUACUGAAGACUUUGCUUGCUACGUGGACAAUAAACUUCCUAAAACCUUUAAAUAAGCCAUCAUAACAAAAACUACAGGUGUCUUUUUACCUUUGUGUUUUGCAAAAACUACUAAAAGCCUUUAGUGUCCGUGGAUUACAGGGUUUCAGCAGGGGGCGCUAUACAAUUGUUUGGACUGAGAGUUUCAAAUUGAGUUUCCCAAUUUUCCCAAUUAUUUAUUCUUGUAAAGGGGAAUUUAUCUGGUCAUUUGUACUAAACCUGUGAAUGUUCACCCUCAUUAUCAAGUAUCCCACUAUAUAUUAAAAUGUAAGUCUGAAUUUGUCGACUGUAUGUCAUGGUCCAUAUUCAAUGUUGCCAGUAAAGGAGAUUACGCUGAAAGGUGCCAAACAGGGAAAUUAACUUUGAAUUCACUGGGUUGUCAGCCAUUGAUGAAACUAGGCAAUGAAAGGGUUACUUUAAGUAAGAUCUUCUGAUAACUUCUGUUAACUCGCUGCAUGUUGUUCUGAAGGUAUGGUAACAGAAAUGGGUGGGAAAUUAAGAUUGAAAAGGUUUUAAUAAACUUUUAAAAUGAAAAUUGAGAUACUUAAUUGGUAAAAGACUUGGGAGCAGCAAUGGCAAGCCAUUCUCUAAAACUGAUACAUUUUUAAGGUUUGUUUAUUAAUUAUUACUAAUUUAUGCAUUUAUCUUGUGUUUCUUUUCCAUUUUUUUUUAAAUUACUUAUUUUAAAGAAAAUAAAAGAAGAAACAGUUGUUUAAGGAGUCACUAAAUAAACCUCAACCUUAUACAGACAAUGUCUCUCUAGAUAUGAUAUGAAUAUUGAAAAUCAAAACCUAAUUGUUAAUUUCCCAUCCAGAACAAAUUGUAUUGGUGUCUCUGAAUAGUACAUGGAAAAAUAAUUUGAGUGUACUUGGGUCUGAAUGAUGUUUAAUCCCACAUUCACCUCCUGAUGUGUUGCAGAGAAUAAGGUGCCUUCAGACAAAAGGAUGGUACGAUAUAAAAUGAUCAUGAGAAACAAUGUUCACAAAACCCCACUGUGGAAUAUGAAAAAAAUCAGUAUCUAAAUCAGUAAUAUAUGUAAUAUAUUGAUUGUGUUCACUGACAACAGAAAAUAUGAAGCCAUUUACUACAUUGCUUAAAACAUCUGGCUGAAGGACUGAGCCUUUCAUUGUCCACGUCAUCCAACAAAAACACAAAGAAACCUGAAACCUGAAGGACUUGCUAACGUCUCACAGGACUGGAGAACAUGUUUUAUCAUCAAACAGCGCCAAGUGAAAUAUUCUUGAAGAAACUCAUUUUUACACAUUAUUUUUAUUUUUUGCACUUUUUGCUUUAAACCCUACCAUGCCAGUAUUCAAAUGUAUUUCCUCUGUAUGUGUCUUUUUUUUUUUUUUUUAAUCAAGAUCGCCGGAUGUCAAGACAGGAAGCCCAAGAUGGCUGGUAGAAAGUUCUUCCAUGUUUUGAACUGUUGUACCAGCCAUUUGCAUUUUUUGACAAGAGAUAAAACUUAUUGCUGGUUGCUUUCCCAUCAAAGUGACUGUUUUUGUCAGCCUCAUACUGUAUAAAUAUUUACCAGGGUUUAACUGGUGGAUGAUGGGAAACUCUGCUGAUGCUAUGAAUGCAAACAUUUAACAACACAUUUUUAGUUUCCCUGUGAUUACAUGAAUGCACCAACUGUAGAUAUUACCUGUACAGUGUGUUCUACUUUCAGCGGGGCCAACAGCAUCGAUCUGUAACUGGGGUUCAGAAUUGCUUGAAUUAACAAAAUAUAUACUCUAAAAACCAAAAGUUCAUCCGGGUUCUUCAGGCUAUUUGAGUGUCUUAUGGUUCCUUGCUAGAAAAACUAAAAUAAAAUUCUCUAAAAUGUUUUUUGUAGAAGCCUUUUGUGUUCAAGGUUUGUAGAAAUAUUGUCAUGAAUUAUAAUAAUUUAAUAGAGUUCCUCAGGGAACCACCUUGGGUCCUCUGUUGUUUUCAAUCUGAAGAACCCCUUUGACUUUUUAGAGUGUGCUACUGAUAUUAUUAUCAAUAUUGUUGUGUGACAAGCUUCUACUAACAUAACGUACUCCUUGGGCUGUUUUGUAUUUUUAGCAUUUUUUAUUUUGUUAUGUGCUUAUAAUGUGAGAUGAUUUCUUUCUUUAUUGAUUUGGGCAUCUGAUGGAGUUACUAAAAUCUCUUUCAUUUUUAAUAUGUUUACAACAAAACCAAGAAUUUUCUGUGACUAACAUCAAACUAGUUCUAAUAUUUUUCAUAAAGACUGUGAUAAUCACUCUCACUCUACCCAGGGCAUGCUCAAACACGCACACAUGUCUGAAUCAUCACAAAGCCUCUCACCAACUUUUUAAUGGAAACAAGCAACACUUCUGCGACCAAACAACAUAAAAACAGACAUUCCAAGUCGAGCUGCUAGGAAUUCUGGACCACCGACUCCCCAUCAUCUGUCACCUGCAAGAACAUUUGCCUCUUUGCAAGGGCCUUACAGUAAACACAUGCCCACUCCAGUCUAAAUAGUUAUAAUAUCAAAGUUCUCGAGUUCUGGAUCAAACCUACCUCGCAAGGGAAUACACAACAUUUCAACAUGUUUCAGUGCAUGCCCAAGCUAAAUCAAGCACAUCAUCAUUAAAGUGCCCAUCUUAAGGCUCCAUACCCUUACUUUUGCAUGUUGUAGUUUAUGAACUACAAAUUGCAUGUACUUUACAUUUCAGACAAUUGUGCUCCAAAUCAUCCCUUUGAUUUUUAGAUUUGUUACUGUCCUUCAAUCAGGCUUUAUUUUCAAUUUCCGUUGUAGAGACCUUGAAACUUGCUGCAGACAAUUCAUCCAUCACUUUCAACAUCUGCUGAGUGCAACCUCCCGCUGUGUUGGCAGUGUGCAUUCUGCUGUUUUUGUUUUUGAUUUAUUAUUAUGUGGACUUUGUGUUUCAAUGCAGGAGGAUGUCUGAGGCAGCUAAAGUGAAAAACAGACACAGAACAGUGACUUUGGCUGCCUCAUUCUGUUUUUGAAGUUUGAACGUUGAUAAAUUGACUUUCAGUGCCUACCUUUUGGAGGGUAGAUAAAGGUAGAGACUUGGUGGUCAGUUGCAAAAUACAACAACCCAUAAGUUAGUUUGUCCCGUUAAUUCUGUGAUUGAUUUGCUGCUCAUCAAUGCAACACAGUCAUCCAAUGUCAAUUCUCAAAUGUAAUAGUUAAAGACAAAAUGCCUGUGAUCGAUUUGUUAUCUGCAGCGGGAUUCAAGUGUCUGCAAAUUCCACUGAAAUGUACUAAUAUCAGUGGAUUUCUUUGGGUAGAAAAUCUGUCUAAAAUGCAAUGUAUGGUUUUCAUAAGCAAUGUAAAGUAAAUGCAGUUCAAGAACAUGCAAAAACCCAGGUAUGGUCCUUUAAAUGCUGAAUUAACUUUUUUCUUUUUCUGCCUGGGUCUGCUCUCCACUAUUGGUUUGCAUGUGGUAUUUAUUACAGUAUCUGCACUGAAUGAAACUGUAUUAUAAACAUGAAUGUACAUAACAAUCGUUAAAUGAAAAAUAACAAUACGAGUACUCACUUUGCUCCACAGCGGGCAGUUUGUCUCUGGCUGGGUUUACAUCAGGAAGGAAGGUCUGAUCUUUUUAACACCAGUCGAAACAGAUCUGGUCUGACUUCUGCGGGCAAAACAGGGAACAUUUAUAAAAAUCAAAGCACAUCAGAUCUGAUUCAAAUAAAGUUAAAAAUGUUGGAUCAUACUGUUCCUGUGUAAAAUCAGUCUGUGUUGUGUGUAUCUAUACAAGGGCGGUGGAGAUGAGAGUCUAAGUUGUUCCUAACAACACAAUGGACCACUUUAUGAAGAAAAAAAUAUUUCUUGUUUAUAAUGUAGAGCAAAGAGAGACUGGAAUAGUCCUUGUAAAAUUGUACGAGUAAAGUGUCAAAUAUGUGUUAACAGAGACGACAUUAUUUUAAAAAUUAUGUAUGGAAACUUUUAGCUGUGUAUAUAAAUAUAUAUUACUUGUUACUUUGUUUUUGAAAUUGCAGAGAUAUGGAAAAAGUGGAAAUAUUUAUUGCUCUAAAGAUAUAAAAAUCUGUUCAUGUGGAUGGA